CCCGAAUAACCCGCGACUGUAACUCGAAGAGACAGAGAGAAAGAGAGUAAACAGUUACAAGGUAUAAUUGCAUAAACAUUAGCGAGUCGCAACAAAAUGGAACCACCGUAGUUAAGGUUCUACAUUCUAAACUCGCCGGCACGACGGAGACGAGCGGAUCGAAAGAGAGAGAGAGAGAGAGAGAGAGAGAAAAAGAGACGGGAUAGAAUUCUGUUUACGGCCGCGCAACGACGAACGAAAUCGUUCCACACAUUCAGUGCUCUCUCUACGUAAGCAGGGAAUCUGUUUAAUUAAUUAUGAAAGAAGGUGUGGCACCGAACAGACCAAUCCGACCGGUUCGUCCGUCCUCGAGCCUCCGUCGAGUGUUUCGAUUAUUAGCGUGCUGUCGCGAUCGGAGCUCAGUGACAGAGCACCAGCCGUACGAGGACCGUCGAUUGUGUCGAUUGUAAGCAUCCAGUAUACGUAUACGUCGCUCCUGUGGCCGAACGAUCCAUACGUGUCCUUGGAGAACACUCGAGCAGAGAGACCGCGCUAGUUCACCGCGCUAAUUGACCGAGCGCAAAGACUGCUGCCAAAGAUCAGUAGGUGAAGCUUCCGAGGGACGCUUUUAACCGUGAAUAACCAACGACGAAGAUGUCCAUGCCCGUGAGUUUCCGUGAACGAUGGAACGUCCGCGUCUCCGACAUCGCCAGGCGAACGCACAAUCCCAUAAGAUCGAUCGUGGAGAACAUCGUCGUCGAGCCGAACCCCAACAAGCCGAUGAUCGCGCUGUCAAUCGGUGACCCUACGACUUUCGGCAAUCUCAAGCCACCGAAAGAAGUGAUCGAGGCUGUGCAGGAGAGCGUCGCCUCGCAAUUGUACAACGGAUACGCGCCGAGCAUAGGUUAUCAAAGGGCGCGAGAGGCCGUGGCGGAGUACAGCUCGAACGAGUUCGUGAAAGUCGAUCCUAAGGACGUAAUCCUGUGCAGCGGAUGUUCUUGCGCACUUGACCUGUGUAUCACGGCUUUAGCUCGAGAAGGUCAAAACAUACUGAUUCCACGUCCCGGGUUCUCGAUCUAUCGAACGCUGGCGGAAGGUCUUGGUAUUACGGUCAAAUCGUACGGUCUCCGCCCGGAGCUCGGUUGGGAGAUCGAUCUCGACGACCUGGAGGCACAAAUUGACGAGUCGACGGCAGCGAUUGUUAUAAACAACCCCUCGAAUCCUUGUGGCUCUGUGUUCAGUCGCGACCAUAUACUUGACAUUCUCGACAUCGCCGCUCGUUACUACGUACCCAUUAUAGCCGAUGAGAUUUACGAGCACAUGGUAUUUCCAGGACGGACUUUCCACUCGUUAGCGUCUCUAUCGACCGAAGUUCCUAUUUUGUCGUGCAGCGGACUGACUAAAAGAUUCCUAGUUCCCGGCUGGCGUAUGGGCUGGAUAAUAAUCCACGAUCGUCAGAAUGUCCUGGAGGCCGAGAUUCGCAAGGGUCUACACUGCUUGAGCCAGAGAAUAAUUGGCAGCAACACUAUUAUCCAAGGCGCCUUGCCCGCGAUACUUCGGACAACACCGCAGAACUUUUUCGACGACGUUAUUCGCACUUUAUACUCACACUCAAAACUGGCGUACAGCUGUAUAGCAAAGAUAGCGGGUCUGAAGCCGAUAAUGCCGGACGGAGCGAUGUACAUGAUGGUCUACAUCGAUCUGCCGUGUUUUCCGGAAUUUAAUUCCGACCUGGAAUUCGUGCAGCGGCUGCUGAUGGAAGAGUCCGUGUUUUGCUUGCCCGGCCAGUGCUUCGAUUAUCGCUCGUACAUGAGGCUGGUAAUCACUGUGCCGAGCGACAUGCUCGAGGAAGCUUGUCAGAGAAUUCAAGAGUUCUGCGAGAGACAUCAUUAUAAAACGGCGGAAAUAGUCGGCAGGAACAAUUUCGUCGACGUCGAAAUUUCGUAUUAAAAAGGAAGGUAAAGCACACGCCAGAGAAUUCGAUCGUAUGCGGUGAACCCCGCUGAUUAUUUUCUCUCGGACCGGAUUCGGAUCUCGCGAUAACUGUCCUCGAAAGUAAGAAAAGUCUCUUUCUUGGUCUUGGUUUAAUUUUGUGUAUAUGUAUAUGUGUAUUUUUAUUUCUUUAUAAUAUUGCUCAUAAGUGUACAAUUAUAUAUGUAAUAAACG